AUGCAUGCUGGGCAAGUAAAUGCCCUGCAAGGUGAGCUCCAGGGGAGACAUGAGGAGGUAUUCAUCAAGGAGAAGCUAAGAGAAAUGGAGGAACUCGACAUCAAGAAAACUCUCCAGGAUCAGAUCGGCCAGUGUUUCAUCGAGUGCCGGCAUAUCAUAGGCAAGUUUCCCGACUAUCCUACCAAAGAGGCAGGAGGUUCAACGGCUAUUCUUUCCCAAAAAACUCCAGAGCAGGAAGAGGAGGAAGGCUGGAAGAUGGCUCCCAGUAAUUUCCUUUCAAUACUGGAGGAAGGAAGCAAUCAAUACAAAGCCGUUUGGCAGAACAGAGACAAGGGAUGGGAUUUUCUCCAGGAUCAUGACCCGGAGCUGAUCAAAGAAGAGAAAUGGGAAGAAAUAGAGGAAGAGAUCAGAGUGCAGGUUGAUGAAUCGAUGAGACAGAAACUGGAGAAUCUCAAACUGGCUGUGGAUGGAGAGAGGAGUGACAAACAGAAAAAAGAAAGAAAAAAGAAUGAGGGAGGGAAGAGGGGAAAGAAGAAAGAGAUACCCGAGAUGGAAGAAGAUUUAACUCCUGACAGGACCAUCGAUUCUCUGUACAGGGAGCUAGUAGAAGAAGGAUUACUAGUAAAAGCCAAGACCGUGAAUCUCUCCGAUUAUGUUGGCGAGUACAGCUAUGUGGGGUCCACACUUCGUCAGUUAAAUAUAGAGCCAAUGCCCUCUCUCGCACAUGUCAGACAGCUAAUAGCGCUGUAUGGAAUAUUGCCAUUAGGUUCCCAAACAGUCCAUGAGAAGGCUCCUCUGGUGAAAGCCUUAUUGCUAGCUGGACCUGCUGGUGUUGGAAAGAAAAUGUUGGUCCAUGCUAUCUGCACAGAAACAGGAGCCAACCUCUUCAACUUAUCUCCUUCCAACAUUGCUGGGAAAUAUCCAGGCAAGAACGACCUUCAAAUGAUGCUUCACAUGGUUCUGAAGGUGGCUAAGCAAUUGCAGCCUUCAGUCGUGUGGAUUGGAGAGACAGAAAAAAUAUUUUCUGAAGUGGUGCCGAAGGCUAAAGAGAUGAACCCAAAAGGACUGGAAAAGAUCCUCCCCAAAUUCCUUAAGGCUUUGAAAGCACAGGACAGAGUGCUGCUAGUGGGAACCACCAGCCAUCCCUUCGAUGCAAAUCUUAAACCUUUCUGCGAAGUUUACCAAAAAAUCAUUCUGAUUUCUAGGCCUGACUACACUUCAAGAUAUGUGUUAUGGAAGCACAUCAUCCUGCAGAACGGUGGAGCGAUCACCAGCUCACUGAACAUAAGCUGCCUAGCAAAGCUGUCCAAUGGCUUCACUCCGGGACACAUCAUCCAGGCGGUACAAGCUGUCCUGAGCGAGCUACGUCUCCUGCAGAUGACCAGGAAGCCACUGAGGACCAACGAGUUCGUGACUUCCCUGGCCAGACAGGAUCCAGUGUACCAAGAGGAGGAAGAAACAUUUAAG